CCUGCUCCGGGUGUGCUUAGCGAUGGCCUGGAAAUCCGGCGGCGCCAGCCACUCGGAGCUAAUCCACAACCUCCGCAAAAAUGGAAUCAUCAAGACAGAUAAAGUAUUUGAAGUAAUGCUGGCUACAGACCGCUCCCACUAUGCAAAGUGUAACCCUUACAUGGAUUCUCCACAAUCGAUAGGUUUCCAAGCAACAAUCAGUGCGCCGCACAUGCAUGCAUAUGCACUCGAGCUUCUAUUUGACCAGCUGCAUGAAGGAGCUAAGGCCCUGGAUGUAGGGUCUGGAAGUGGAAUCCUUACAGCCUGUUUUGCACGUAUGGUUGGCUCUAGUGGAAAAGUCAUAGGAAUUGAUCACAUUAAAGAAUUAGUAGAUGACUCAAUAAAUAAUGUCAGAAAGGACGACCCGAUGCUCUUGUCUUCAGGGAGAGUACAGCUAGUUGUGGGGGAUGGAAGAAUGGGUUACGCCGCCGAAGCCCCAUACGAUGCUAUUCACGUAGGAGCUGCAGCCCCCGUGGUGCCCCAGGCGCUAAUAGACCAGUUAAAGCCUGGCGGAAGGUUGAUAUUGCCAGUGGGUCCAGCAGGAGGAAACCAGAUGCUGGAGCAGUAUGACAAGCUCCAAGAUGUCAGUGUCAAGAUGAAGCCUCUGAUGGGAGUGAUAUACGUGCCUUUAACAGAUAAAGAGAAGCAGUGGUCCAGGUGGAAGUGAUUUUCUCUUCUGCUCUUUCUUCCUCCACACGUGCAAGGGAUGAACUGUAAAAGCACCAUCAGCUUGACCAGUCCAUAAUGUCCCAGUGGAUUGCUCAUCUCAGUCCUCAGCUUUUUGAAAACCAACAGCAUCACAGCUUGUUUUGGACUUUGUUACACUAUUAUUUUCAGCAUGAAAAUGUGUGGUUUUACCAAGUUUCUAAAUCUUAAAGAGGCACAGAGCCAAACUGGUAGAGGAAGGAUGUAGAGUUUAAAUUUGUGUAUUAUUCCUUUAACAUGCCCAUAUUUUACUUUAAAAUAUUAAAAGAAGCAGUUCUACAAAAUGGAAAACUUAGUUUGUGAAUUUUGAUUUUGAGGAGUGAGUUUUCUUUUCUGAACACUUAAUUCUUUUCUGAUACGAACUUAUCAGACUGCUUUUGUGCAUCAGAUAACACCACCAUUCACUAGUUACGAUUCUUGGUAUUUGGAGUCUGAUAGAUGCUACUAAGAAAAUAGAGGAGGUGAGCUUCCUUCUUACAGCUUUGAUGUGGUGUCAUUCAUAGAAUAGCAUGUUGUAGAUAAACAAUCAGCUGCUUUAUUACCUUCAAACUAAGCAUUUGUAGAUAAUCAAAUUUAAGAUGUCAGGUGAUGCCCCUUAAAACACACUCAGCUGUUUAGAUCGGCCAUAACUGACAUAGUUCUUCCUUUCUCUUGAAAACUUCUAGAUUGUUGUUCAGUAUUGUUUUUUCCUGUUUCUAAUUUGCUGCUGAUAAUGUAUAUGAACUUAACAUGCUGUGUAAGCUGUGUCUUAGUUACUGAACAGUUUAUGCAGUGCUGCUUUGCCAAAUAAAGUUAAAAGUAAAAGAGGCA